AUGUUCACAUGGCAGAUCCAUAGUUAUGAGCCCAACUGUUGGGAUCCCUGCGCCAUGUCGAUGAACCCUGGCCCAGUCACUGACUCAGCUGGAGGACGCACGCCUGAAGUGAAGGGUCCAAAGCCUGCCAGCAGCUCACAGGUGAGACUGAAGACGCCAAAAGAUGAAAGACCAAAGCCUACGUUGGGCCGAGGAGAAGCAGGCGAAGGGAAGCAGCGGGGACAGGGGGAGAGAGAAGGGGAAGGAGCACUGGCCAUCGAAGAAGCUGGUGUCGAGACCCACACAAUUUCUACUCCACCUGAUGCCGCCACAUGCCAACCCCUGUUCACUCCAGCGCAGUUGCAAGACUUGCGCAACGUGUAUGACCAAGCACCAUGGUUGUACAGCCGGUUUCAAACACCUCAAACCUCCAUGCCACCCAGACCUACCUUCCUCCGCGAUGAAGAGGGAAGGCAUGAAAGUGUCCGGGGAAGUGAAAAGGAGUUGAGAAGGUUUGAAGAAUGGAAAAGACUGAAGGAGUUGAAAGAAUAUGAGAAUGAAGAGCGAGAGGAAAUGUCUCGCCAAAUUCAAGAGUUGCUCCAGGAGAAUCGUCGCUUGAAAGAUCAAGCUACUGGCAUCUACCCCGUGUUGAAGGCCCGUGAUCAUGCCGAAGCCUCGAUUCGCCGCCGUAUGGCGGAUAUCCUGGAUGAGAAUCGAACCUUGAAGCAGGAUCUGCAAAGGAUCACUACUGCUUUACAUGAAAGAAAAGAAGAAGAACAAGUGUUUGCCACUCCAAAUGGCAGUGCUGAGUUGAGUUCCUCAGUUCCACCCUCUUGGAAUCAGCCUUGUGAACAACGACCUGAAGCGAGGCCCGAAGAUCUUCAUGAAGAAGAAGAAGAAGAAGCGACCUGCGGCUUCGACAGGCCUGCGGCAAGGUCUGGGAAGGGAAAGGGAACACGGAAAAAGAAAGAAGAGCCGGUCCCUGAAGACCCGCAACAACAGACAAUGGCCAUCAUCUUGAAGCUCAUGGAGGGCAUGCAGUCGCUUCAAAAACAGAUGAUAAAGGGCCACCGUGAAGAAGAUUCAAAAGAGGCUGAAGUCGUUCGAACGUCAGUCGAAGUUCCAAAAUUGGCCGAAUGGAAUCAGGAGUCAGCACCAAUAGACUAUGCUGAUUGGCUCCUCCUGCUGCAGCCCAUCAUGGCCGACCUCAGUGAGAGCAGUGAAGCUUGGUGGGAAGAGACCUUGAGAACUGCAAAAGAAUGGUACUCUCAACACAUGGCCAAGACACCCUUGGAUCGGUUGAGCCAUGCCCCAAAGCCUUCAUCUACGAUGGCACAGAAGCGUUGGUCGAGAUUGGAAAAGAGGGCUUCCGCACUUCUCCUUUCAGCCAUCCCAGAGACGCUGAGAGAAGAGGUGGUCGCUGCGAAGAACAUCACGACCCUGGGCAUCCUGGCGAAAGGCAUGGUCCAAUAUCAACCGGGAGGAUUGGCCGAACGACAGGCCAUUCUAUCGGCUCUUGAGGCACCACAAGAAGCCUCGACGGUUGGAGCAGCCAUUGGCACCUUGCGGAGGUGGUUGCGGUGGAAAAGAAGGGCAGAAGAAAUGGGGGUCUCGGUGCCAGAUCCAACAAUACUGGCACGUGGGCUCACUCGUUUGGUUCGCAAGUUGCUUGGAGCUCAUCCAGAGUUGCAAUUCAAGCUACAAUUGGCCCGCAGUGCACUCUCGGUCGAUUCCAUUCCGACCUAUGACGGCAUUGCAAAGUAUGCGGAGCACUUGAUGGCAGAGCUUGAACAGGUGAAUCACCAAGCACGAAAGAAAGAACCUCAGCCUCCCGAACCUCCGAAGCUGAAGCGCUUUGAGGAGCAGAGGGAUCAGAAAGAAGGUAAAGAAAGAAAGGAAGAAAGUGAGAAAGAAAAGGAGCGAGAGAAGCCGAAGUGCAAGUUUUACCUCUCCGACCAAGGUUGCAAAAGAGGCAAGAGCUGCGGCUUCUCGCAUGACCAACGUGAUGAAAGAAGAAGAUGCUGGAACUGUGGAGGGACAGACCAUAUGUCACCAGCAUGCACAAGACCCAAAGAGAUUAAGGAAAGCGCCCCAAAAGCAAAGACUGCAAGAAAAGAAAAGGAGAAAGGAGAGGGGGAGCGGAGUGAAGAUGCGGGGAAGGGAACACCUUCUCUCAAUGACCUUCUGAAGGAAGCCAAUGACAUGUUGAAAAGCAUGCACUCGCAGCAAUCUCCGUCCUCAUCGACGACAUCGUCUCCUACAUCGACGGCACCCCCGGAUCAAGAGCGGAAAGAAGUGAUGGAGCGACUUCAACAGCAGCUCAACAUGAUGAAACAAAAGACUUUCAGGCUGAGACGACUCCAAAAAGGUCAGAGGGAUGGUCUUCUGCAACUCACCCGCUCAGGCCUUUGA